AUGUCUGUAGAGACACGACUGGAACUGCAGCGACUCCUGCAGUACGUGAAGGAGGGUGAAGUUCUCUAUGAUGAGGCGACAUCUCGUCAAGAAAAGGCCGAUGUUUUCAUUAAUUCUGAGGAUGAAAGUGAGUCCUCCGACUCUGUGAUGAUGACACCGUGCGUGCAUAUGUCUUGUGCAGAUCCACCAGCUCUAUUAGAAAAGAUGUGUGAUGCAGACCGUGUACUGCAGAGAGGUUUAGAAGUACACCGCAAAGCUAGGGCGAUAAUUGAUGAGUCGAACGCAAAUCCAGCUUUUACGUUCGCAUUAUUACACUGUUGA